CUUUCUUGGACCGAUGUGUUCUGCUCUAUCCUAAGCCUAUCUAUUCAUCGUACCUGAGCUCUGCUGCCACUCUACUGCGUGGUAGCUAGCUCCCCACACCUCGCCUCCCCCUCACUCCAUGGCGCACUCCCUCGCCGCCGCCGCCGCCGCCGCCUUCUCGCCGCCCGCCGCCCGCCGGCGGCUGCCCGGCCAGGCAACUAAUGAAAUUUCGAGCCGGAGUUCAGUUUCCUUCAACAGCCAGAGGAUGAAUUUUAUGUCCAUUCGCUCAAGGCCAAGUCAGCUUCGUUUUAAGAUUUGCUGCUCGGCUAAAAAAGAGACAGUUGACAAGGUUUGUAACAUAGUUAAGAGGCAACUGGUACUCCCUGAUGGGACUGCUGUCACUGGUGAAUCAAAAUUCUCUGAACUCGGCGCUGAUUCAUUGGAUACGGUUGAGAUUGUGAUGGGCCUAGAGGAGGAAUUCAACAUCACCGUUGACGAAACAAGCGCGCAGGACAUUGCAACCGUGCAGGACGCAGCAAACCUGAUUGAGAAGCUUGUACUGGAGAAGGCUGCAUAAAGAAUGCACCUUGGUUCUCACUGCGAUAUUUUGAUCUCGCAAUCGCAUUUUGAGAGAGAGAUUCAUUCCACUAGAAUUUAUGGCCAAAUUUUUCGCUCCAUCUGUACUGUAUGUUGAGCCAUUCGUGCUACACUGCUACUACCUCAUUUGUUCUUCCCUCGAUCAUUCAGGAUAGGGUUUUGUACUAAGCCACAGGCUACAUGAGGCAAAUUAAUUGAGACCAUUUUGUUCUGUGCCACCUCCAUUUCAUGUGCUGUAUACUUUUGUAGAAAAAGUGAUAAUAAACUUGUCAAGAGUCACUGAUUCAUCUCCCUUUGGGUCUCUGAUGAGGCU